UAUGAGUAUUAAUGGAACUACCAAUUGCGAUUUAUACUCUAACCUGCUUCACUAUGAUGACUCUGAGUUUCUUAUUCUUUCUUUCAAUGCCCGCUCUCUGUCUAAUAAAAUCAUUCAUCUUAAAACUCUUUUAUUCCUUGUAAAUCCAACCAUUGUACUUAUUACGGAAACGUGGUGUAAUUCAUCUAUAUCCGAUCAUUCCUUGAAUGUAGAUAACUACGUUUUCUUUAGAACCGAUAGAUGUUAUGGAAUAGGAGGCGGUACAAUUAUCUAUGUCCGUUCAGACAUUCAAGCGUGCAAAUUUGAGGAUAAAUC